ACGAUGACAUUUACACAACUGAAACUCAUUUCAAGAGGUUCAAGUGCAACGGUUUGUUCAGUCUCUUCUAUUUUGUGAAUUUUCUUUAUUUUUUUGUGAAACGUCCGACUUAUAUUUUGUCAUUUUACCCUCUUGAAUCAUUCAAAAUGUUGGAAUUCAGAGGAUUGAUUGCCAGUGCAGCUAAAAACGAAAAUGCUGGCUUUGUCACGCCGCAGAACAAAAACGCUUUGUCCCGUAAAACGCUAUUCACCGACAAACCCAAAAUGGCACUGGACGAUGUGAAAAAGAAUUCCAUGAACGUAAUUACUCCGAUGAGGAAUGGAACGGUCGAGAAAACGAAACAACAACAGGCGCUAUUUCUACCGUCGACAACAAAAGUCAAAUCGUCAAUUCAGUUCAACGAGACAAUAGAUUCGACACCCGUGCCAAACAGCAACGCUAUCGAUUGUUUGAAGAACGUGGACGAAGUGGGAAUAUGGAACCGGAAGCAGUUGUUGAGCGAUCAUCAGUUCGAUUUGCUGUUCAUGAGUCCGCCGAGAAUGAGUCCUCCUUCAAUUUCACCACCAUCAUCACCGCCACCAUCACCGUCACCAAUGCCGUUACCAGAACAUUGUUGGAAUUUUUUCAGUUUCGAUCCGGUCUGGGACUGUCAACGUAAGACCACAGAUGAAGAGUUAGAUCUUCCACCUCUAAACAAUUCUUUCUUAUCUGACGAAAACUUUGACGGUACCCACUAAAGCAUUAUGUAUGCGCGGGUGAAUCGGAAAACUGUGGUUUUCUAUUUCUUAUGUUUUCGACUGAUACUUAUUGUAAGCUAAAUUCCUGCUUUUCUUUAAUAUAAACUAAUUUCAAUAGAGUUACAA